CUGAGUAAAGCUCUCUGCUAGGGAAGGGCUUAAAGGCUGAGUCAAAAGCCAAGAAGUCUCUUUAUUUACGCCUACCUCCCAGCCCUUGGCAAUCUGACUAAUAACAAACUGAGCUAACAAGAAAGACUAGAAAGGGAGGAAAGAAAACACUGCUGCAGCUUGGAUCUACAACCAAGAAAGCAAGAGUGAUCAAUGCAGCUCUGUGAAACAUCUUGUUUAUUUACUGCUUUCAGCAGCUUGCAAAUGGUUAACUAUAUGCAAAAAAGUCAGCAUAGCUGUGAAGUAUGCCGUGAAUUUUAAUUGCGGAGAAAAGGCAACUGCUUCAGGAUGAUCUAGUAUGCACUCUGCCUGAAAUAUUUUCAAUGAAAUGCUCAGCAUUUAGUCUUUGAGCAGAGCUUUUCAACUUUAUGAAGCAAUGGGACCUGCCAAAAAGUGACAUUUGAGAAGAAAGUACGUAGUGGUUGGUGUUUUCUUUUUUAAUAAAGAAUCUGAAUUUACUUUGAACAUCUCUUCCAGCUGUGCAUUACAGAUAACGUCAGGAAGAGUCUCUGCUUUACAGAAUCAAAUUUCAUCACAUGACAACAUGAAGCUGUGGAUUCAUCUCUUAUAUUCAUCUCUUUUUGCCUGUAUAUCUUCACAGUCCCAAUCUCCAAUGUCCUCAGCCAGAGGUUCUUGUGAUUCUCUUUGCAAUUGUGAGGAAAAAGAUGGCACAAUGCUAAUAAACUGUGAAGAGAAAGGUAUCAAGAAGUUAUCCCAAAUAAGUGUGCCGCCAUCACGACCUUUCCACCUAAGUUUAUUAAAUAAUGGUUUGACAAUGCUUCACACAAAUGACUUUUCUGGGCUUACUAAUGCCAUCUCAUUACACCUUGGAUUUAACAACAUUGCAGAUAUUGAGACUGGUGCAUUUAAUGGCCUUGGCCUUCUUAAGCAACUUCACAUCAAUCACAAUUCUUUAGAAAUUCUUAAAGAGGAUACCUUCCAUGGACUGGAAAACCUAGAAUUCCUACAAGCAGACAACAACUUCAUUACAGUGAUUGAACCAAGUGCCUUUAGCAAGCUCAACAGACUUAAAGUGUUAAUUUUAAAUGACAAUGCUAUUGAGAGUCUUCCUCCAAACAUAUUUCGAUUUGUUCCUUUAACCCAUCUAGAUCUUCGUGGAAAUCAGUUGCAAACAUUGCCUUACGUUGGUUUCUUAGAACACAUUGGCCGGAUAUUGGAUCUCCAGUUGGAGGACAAUAAGUGGACCUGUAAUUGUGACUUAUUAGAGCUAAAAAUUUGGUUGGAAAACAUGCCUCCACAGUCCGUAAUUGGUGAUAUCGUAUGCAACAGCCCUCCGUUUUUCAAAGGAAGUAUACUAAGCAGACUGAAAAAGGAAUCAAUUUGCCCCACUCCACCAGUGUAUGAAGAACACGAGGAUCCAUCAGGAUCAUUACAUCUGGCAGCAACGUCUUCAAUCAGUGAUAGUCGCAUGUCAACCAAGUCCACAUCCCUUUUGAGACCAGCCACCAAAGCACCAGUCUUGAUACCCUAUAUUACAAAGCCAUUCACUCAACUUCCAGGACCCUACUGUCCUAUUCCUUGUAAUUGCAAAGUACUAUCCCCAUCAGGACUUCUGGUACACUGUCAAGAGCGCAAUAUUGAAAGCUUAUCAGAUCUGAAACCUCCUCCACAAAAUCCUAGAAAGCUUGUUCUAGCAGGGAAUAUUAUUCAUACAUUAAUGAAGUCUGAUCUAGUGGAAUACUUCACUUUGGAAAUGCUUCACCUGGGAAACAAUCGUAUUGAGGUUCUUGAGGAAGGAUCAUUUAUAAAUCUAACAAGAUUGCAAAAGCUCUAUCUGAACGGUAACCAUCUGACCAAGUUAAGCAGAGGCAUGUUUCUUGGUCUCCACAAUCUUGAGUACUUAUAUCUUGAAUACAAUGCAGUUAAGGAAAUAUUACCAGGAACCUUUAACCCAAUGCCUAAACUUAAAGUCCUCUAUUUAAAUAACAACCUCCUACAAGUUUUACCACCACAUAUCUUUUCAGGGGUUUCUCUAACAAGGAUAAACCUUAAAACGAACCAGUUUACCCAUCUCCCUGUCAGUAAUAUCUUGGAUGACCUUGAUUUAUUGACUCAGAUCGACCUUGAGGACAAUCCCUGGGAUUGCUCCUGUGACUUGGUUGGAUUGCAACAAUGGCUACAAAAAUUGAGUAAGAAUACAGUAACAGAUGACAUCCUCUGCACUUCUCCAGAGCACCUAGACAAAAAGGAAUUAAAAGCACUAACUAGUGAACUUCUUUGCCCAGGUUUAGUCAAUAAUCCAUCCCUGCCAACUCAAGCUAGUUACAUAAUUGUCAGCGCUCCUACAACCACAACUACAGCUGAUACUAUUUUAAGAUCACUUACUGAUGCUGUACCACUAUCUGUGCUAAUACUAGGACUGCUGAUUGUAUUCAUAACCAUUGUGUUCUGUGCCGCAGGGAUAGUGGUUCUUGUUCUCCACCGCAGGAGACGAUACAAAAAGAAACAAACAGAUGAGCAGAUGAGAGACAACAGUCCAGUCCAUCUUCAAUACAGUAUGUAUGGCCAUAAAACAACUCACCACACUACUGAAAGACCGACAGCAUCACUGUAUGAGCAGCAUAUGGUGAGUCCCAUGGUUCAUGUCUAUAGAAGUCCAUCCUUUGGCCCAAAGCAUUUGGAAGAGGAAGAAGAAAGGAAUGAGAAAGAUGGAAGUGAGACAAAACAUCUCCAAAGAAGUCUUUUAGAACGGGAAAAUCAUUCACCACUCACGGGGUCAAAUAUGAAAUACAAAACCACAGACCAAUCAACUGAAUUUUUAUCCUUUCAGGAUGCUAGUUCAUUAUAUAGGAACAUUUUGGAGAAAGAAAGAGAACUUCAGCAACUAGGAAUUACAGAAUACCUAAGGAAGAACAUUGCUCAACUGCAGCCUGAUAUGGAGGUACAUUAUCCUGGAGCCCAUGAAGAGUUAAAAUUAAUGGAGACACUAAUGUACUCAAGGCCAAGGAAGGUAUUAGUGGAACAGACUAAAAAUGAGUAUUUUGAGCUUAAAGCUAACCUACAUGCUGAACCUGACUACUUAGAAGUCCUGGAGCAGCAAACAUAGAUAGAGAGAUUGAGGGCUUUUGCAGAAAUGCUGUGAUUCUGUCUUAAGUCCAAUCUUGUAAAUAAGUGCCUUACAUGAGUGUGUCAUCAAUCAGAACUAAAGCACAGCAGUAAUACUAUUGGGAAAAAAAGAAGAAAAAGAAACUCAGGGAUCAUUGGGAGAAGCCAUUGCAUUGUCUUCAGGCAAUUUUGCCUGCCCCCAGUAAAAUAAAUCCUUGCAUGUAAAUCAUCCAAGGAUUACAGUGAUAUUUCUUGGUAUACUUAAAAGUGUUUCAGAAAAGUCCUCUUGCACAUCUAAAAGGGUUGAAUAUUUAAGCAACCGUUAUUUCCUUGAAUUACUUUACCAGUGGAUGAAAUAGAAUUGGGCUUUGUCACUUAAAAGUUAUACCUGUAUAUGUAGUUAUAAUAUAUAAGGAGUAUAUUGUUUAUAUAAUCAGUAUAUACCACAAAAAUGUACAUUGUCAGAUACACCUAAUUUUCUUGUGAUAAAGGCAAAAGGAACUGGAACUUCAAAAUUAUGACUAGUAAUAGUAAAGAAAAAAUAGGAGGUUGAACUAUGUAGGCCAUGAGUGGCCCAAAACUUUGAACAUUUGAGGGUUAGAAAAAUGUCACUGCUAUGCUAUGAAUUUAAAAAUAAGGAUGAUUAAUAGUUCAGGUGGAUGAAUAAGCAAACUUUUUUGGUUUUUCUGCACAUUUUGUGUGGACAAUCUUAUUGUCAAUGCUGCUGUGAAUUAAGGUAUGUCAUUUGUGCUCAAAGUUUGAUUCUUAUUCUUGGGAUGUUUUAAAAAUGCUACUGAUACUCAACUGUAAAUAUGAUUAGUGCAUAAAUUAAGUUUGGUUUCUUUCAUAGCAUUAAUCCUUUAUAAAUUUGAAUGACCAUGAUAGAAAUAUGUUUCUUGUGGCAAGUAAUAAUUCACAGGUAUAAAACAAAUAGGAAAAAUUGUGUUUUUAAAAAUUUGUAUUGAUGUAAACUGAUAGUUGCCAUAAAUUAGUAGCAAAAGUCACGUCUAAGGGUAAGUGGUUAAGUUGUCUCAAGAGUGGGACAAUGUAGCUUUAUUUUACAAGAAAGUAUAGCUAGAUUUCUAUGAACUAUUUAUUCUGUACAGUUUUGUAUAUUUUUGGUUCACAAAGGUAAUUAUUCUUGGGUGCCUUUCAAGAAAAUUAAAAAUACUGCUCACUACAAUAAAAAUAAAGUGAAAACUCUCUUUUUAAAUGAACUUUCUUCAAUUAGUCUGAUCUCUAAUUCAAUCAAGUCAGAAUUAACAUACACACGCAUGCACUCAUGUACAUGCCUGAGGAGAUUUCUGUUUUUUUUUUUUUUAAGAUAUAUUUAUUUAUUCAUGAGAGACACAGAGAGGGGCAGAGACACAGGCAGAGGGAGAAGCAGGCUCCAUGCAGGGAGCCCGACGUGGGACUCGAUCCCAGGUCUCCAGGAUCAUGCCCAGGCCAAAGGUGGCACUAAACUGCUGAGCCACCCAGGCUGCCCUCUGUUUGCUAUCCAUACAGAAGCAUCUUGUUAACCAUCUGUAAAAAGGCCACUGAGUGUCUGGGUAUGAUUGACAGGGAGCCAGACUUAAGUCUGGCAAGUUGUCCUCCCUUUCCCCCAAAUCAUUUUCCCUCGCAAUACAAAUGAAAGUGAUUUAUUUUUCUUCUUUCUAAUUAUACAAUCAAUGAUACGGCAGAUUUUCACAAGGCAAAAUGGAAUUAAUCAAGGUGAUCUUGUUCUGUUUUCUGAACACCAUGAAGAUACUUGGACAGAGUUAGGAAGGAACAUAGUUUCAAGUUAGACAGGACUUUCUUUAAUUUGCUUACUACUAUUUUAGUGAGUCCUGAAUGUUCUACUAAAUGUUUUGGUUUCCACGCAACUGUGCAAUACUAGCAAAUCAUACAUGACGUUCUGGAUUUUGAAUAAGAAGGCUUUCUGUUUAAAAACAGUAAGGGGUCUGUGUUGCUUGAUAUGAGGAUGAAUUAUGUGUCUAUUAUGAAGUCAUAUCACUAAGUUUUCUUUUAAAUAAUUUUAUAUAUUAAUAGAAAAUAAUCAAUAAUUAUGUAUUAAAAGGUUGAGAACCUUAAUUUCUCCAUUAAUGCCCAAGAUUGGAAAGAACAAAGAUGAGAAUUCCUUUUAAAGUUACACUUACUAAGGGGAAAUCUGUGUGCACAUGGGUUGCUAUAUAUAUUUCAUCCACUAAAAAUUAGCACGAUAAUAAGUAAUAAAUACUACAAGACAUGUUUUUAAAAGUUACAUUCUAAAGAGAAGAAUAAAAGAAGACCAAAUUUCA